AUGAAGUUAGAAGGAAAAGCUUUCAUCGUUACCGGAGGUGCUGGUGGUAUUGGUGGUGAAGUUGCCAAACAAAUUAUUGCCAAGGGUGGUAUCGUUGUGUCAUUCGACCGAUACCCCAAGGAGAAGGGAGAAGAGAUCACCAAACCAUAUCACCCUGAAAGGUCACUCUACGUCCAAGUAGAUAUCGCCGACCUUGCCUCGGUAGAGAGAGGGGCCCAAGAAACCCUUUCCAUCAUCCCCAAAGGAUCACUGUUCGGUGCCGUCCACUGUGCUGCCAUCGCUCCGGGCACUACUUGGACCAACAAGCUCGUUGACGCUGUUAAGAGAUACGAAGAUGUCCUCAGGGUUAACGCAUACGGCACCUUUGUUGUCAACGCCGUCAUUGCCGACGCGAUGAACUCUCAAUACCCCGACGAGGGACCCUUUGGCCCUAGAGUCAAAGAGGAAAGAGGUGUCAUCAUUAACACCGCAUCCGCUGUCGCAUGGCCUGUCCCCGCCCGAUGUCUGACAUACGGAGCUUCUAAAACCGCUGUUCUUGGUAUUUCUCAAGGUAUGGCUGAUUUCCUCGGUCCAUAUGGUAUUCGAGUGAACUCUAUCUCCCCCGCUGUGGUCGCAUCUGGUCUCAUGACCCCCAACCGAAUUCCUUACUUCCAAAAGGAGCUCGCUGCCGGAUGUAUUUUCCCUCACCGGGUCACCACGCUCGAGGAGAUCGGUCAAGCUAUUCUCUUUAUGAUGGAAAACUCCAUGGUGAAUGAUUUCGAACUUCGAGUCGAUGGUGGAUGGAGAGGUUCAUCCAACUGGGGAGCACCAGAAGAUCCUCGACAAAACGCUCUCUCCCUCGAGUAA